AUGGUCAAGAGAAAGGUUGCUGCGCUCGAAAAGAUCGAUGCCGACUUUGCGAGUCUGCAAUACAAGAUCCGUCGCGAUCCCAAAUCAUACAAGGAUGAAUUUCUGAAACAAUGGGAGCAGUACGAGUCUCAGCGCGACAUCUUCCUCACCUCCCCGACCACGGCCUCGGCCGACUCGAUCGAAUCCUUCCACAACAUGGUCGACCUCAUGGCGCACAUUGCCGACUGCUACCCGGACGUCAUGGGCCGCUUCCCCAGCGAUCUCGAGACCAUUCUAACGCAGCACCACGCCAUUCUUCACCCGGAACUUCGUGAGAAAAUCGUCGGUAGCUUGCUGAUGCUCCGCCGCAAGGACGUCGUCGACUCGGCCACGGUCCUCCAGGCCCUAUUUCCCAUUUUGGUCUCCUCGCCGUCCAAGUCGCUCCGCGCACUCCUCUUCAGCAAGAUUCUCAGCGAUCUGCGCAACUCCAACACAAAGUCCAUCAACCACCCGCUCAACCGCACCGUUCAGACCGUCCUCUACAACCUGGUCACGGCCGACCGCGCCUCCCCGCGCGCCAUCUGGGCCAUCAAAAUCACCCGCGAAAUGUGGAAGCGCCAGAUCUGGACAGAGGCCAAGCCUGUCGACGUCAUGAAGGAGGCUUCCCUCUCGGACAAUGAAAAGGUCGUCGUCGGCGCCGUGCGCUUCUUCCUCGGCGGCGACAAGGAGCGCGAGGAGCUCGAGGACGAGAGCAGCGACGAGGAAGUCGACCUCGCCAAGGUCAAGCACCAGGUCACCAUCAACAAAAAGACGAAGAAGCAGAAAAAGACAUACUCCAAGGCCCUCGAAAAGGUCAAGCGCCAGGAACGCAAGAAGAACUCCCCUCACCCCCUCAACUUUUCCGCGCUGCAUCUGCUGCACGACGCGCAGGGGUUUGCCGAGCAGCUCUUCUCCAAGCACCUACAAAACACAAAGGCCAAGCUGUCCCUCGACACCAAGCUCCUCGUGCUGCAGCUCGUGACGCGCCUCGUGGGCCUGCACAAGCUCACCGUCGUGCCGCUGUACUCGUGGUUCAUCAAGUUCCUCACGCCGCGCCAGCAAAACGUCACGUCGUUUCUCGCCUCGCUUGCACAGGGCACGCACAAUCUCGUGCCUCCUGACGCUCUGGAGCCAUUGUUGCAGAAAAUUGCCAAUGAGUUCAUCUCUGAGGCGUCAGCCGCCGAGGUGGCUGCCGCGGGCCUCAACGCGAUCCGUGAGGUCUGCGCGCGGCAGCCGCUUGCCAUGACGGACACGCUGCUGCAGGAUCUGGUGCAGUACAAGAAGAGCAAGGAUAAAGGCGUAAUGAUGGCCGCCAAGGGCCUGCUGUCGCUGUAUCGCGAGGUCGGCGCCGAGCUGCUCAAGAAGCGUGACCGCGGCAAGGACGCCACCAUCGGCCUGCGCGCCGGCAUCCAGAAGCAGCACCGCUUCGGCGAACAGGCUCCCGGCGAGAUUGAGGGCCUCGAUCUGCUCGCCAAGUGGAAGCACGAGCAACGCAGGCGGCGCCUCGCCGAGCAGGGCCUGCCGUCGGACGCCGAGUCUGACGCCGAGGACAAGCAAGAGGCGAAUGAUGACGAAUGGGAGGUGGCUUCUGAUGACAGUAGCGAAUCUGGCGACUGGAUCGCCGUCAGCAGCGAGUCCGAGGCGGAAGAGGUGGCGCCCAAGGAAAAGAAGCGCCAACGAACCAGCAAGUCCGCCGAGGACGGGGAGAAUGACGAUGAGGAUGAGGAAAAUGCCAAAGACGACGCGGCGGCCGCCGCCGAGCACGAUGACGAAAUUGCGCGGAUGAUGAAGCUCGCAACCACCACCGUGCUCACGCCCGCCGACCUCGCCAAGCUGCAGGAGCUGCGGACCUCUGCGGCGGUGCAGCGCGCCCUCGGCGGCAGCCGCACCAACAACAACAACAAGAAGCCACAGAGCAACGGCGGGCACGGGGACCGGCACCUGGACGAGGGCCUGACGGCGGAGCAGAUUGAGGCGCCGGCGCGGCUGCGCAAGCUGACCAAGGAGGAGCGGGUGGAGCUGGCGCGCGAGGGCAAGCCGGACCGCGAGGAGCACAAGAGCACGCAGGCGAUGCGCAAGGCCAAGCUGCAGGCGGCGGGCAAGUCGACGUCGAACCGGGAAAAGGAGCGCAAGAAGAACUUUUGA